GAGACGAUUGUCUCCCGGGAAGUCUCCUCCCGACGGGGCCAGCAAUGGAGCUUCGGUGGUGGAGGUCCGCCACACGUUGCAUCCAUGGGCCGGCCGGAUGGAAGUUGUGCGGCACAGCUCAGGCAGGGCCUCCGGCGACCGGCAGCGGAGUGGGCAACGGGCGGCGGGUGACAUGCAGUGGACAGAACAGUCCAUUCCGCAGGCGCUGUUUCCCCACCCUAGGCGCCGGAAGAUAUUCCGGUGUGAGGUGGGCUUCCGACGCAGGGAGCUCGCCGGUCCAUUUUUUUUUGAGACUCCCGUCUGGUCCGGGUACAAGAUUGAGCAGCUGCCUCAACCCGCCACAACGCCCGGCAUACGUUUGGUCUUGCUCGGCCCAACCCUCAAGACUGCCGGCGCGCAUCGCCGACCUGGCACCAGCCUCUUCUCCGUCUCUCGGGCGCACCAAGGCGCUUACGCGACCGACCGACCGACCGACCGACGAGACAAGACAGGCAGACAAUGGCACCGCUGCAGCUGCGAGCUGCCGCACUGCGGCGCCUGGGAGUCGCCGGCCCUCGACUGCCGGCGGCGGUCUCGCGAUGCUACUCGACCGACAUGGAGCCCGAGAAGCCCAAGGCGCAGCCUGCAGUGCGGCAAGGCAACGAGGCCAAGCUCGGGCGCUCCUUCAAGGGCCAGGUCAUGGGCAGCAUUGGUGCGCGACUGCGGCGCGAGAGGGAGCAGCGCGAGCAGUACGAACGCUGGCGCGACAUGACGGACCCGUCGCGUAAUUGGAUGGUUACCGUUCUCUUCCUGUCGAGCGUGGGCAUCGCCUACUACCUGGGCACGUUCUGGCCGCGCGAGCCGGAGCCGGACUCGACCCUCCCGCUAUCCAAGACGCGCGGCCCGCAGCACAACACCAAGCUUGAGAACAUGCAGGCGGCGUGGGCCGACUUUGUCAAGGUCGUGGGCAAAGACAAUGUCAGCACACUCGAGACGGACAUCGAGCACCACUCGACGUCGACGUGGUCGACGCACCAGCCCAAACCCGAUGAGAAGCCCUUCUGCGUCGUCUUCCCAUCGUCAACAGAGGAGGUGUCGGAGGUCAUGAAGAUUUGCCACCAGCGGCGCAUCCCCGUGGUGGGAUACAGCGGCGGCACGAGCCUUGAGGGGCACUACACGCAGACGCGCAAGGGCAUCUCCAUCAACUUUGGCCGGAUGAAUAAGGUCCUGGCGCUACACAAGGAGGACUUGGACGUGGUCGUGCAGCCCGCCGUGGGCUGGGAGGCGCUUAACGAUGAUCUCGGUAAGGAAGGCCUUUUCUUCCCUCCCGACCCGGGCCCGGGGGCCAUGAUAGGCGGCAUGGUGGGUACGGGAUGCAGCGGGACCAACGCCUACCGCUACGGGACGAUGCGCGAGUGGGUGCUCAGCCUGACGGUGGUCAUGGCGGACGGGACCGUCAUCAAGACGCGGCAGCGGCCGCGCAAGAGUUCGGCCGGCUACGACCUGACCAAACUCUUCAUCGGGUCCGAGGGCACGCUGGGGCUCGUGACGGAGGCGACGCUCAAGGUGACGGUCAAGCCGGCGUCGACGAGCGUGGCCGUGUGCGCGUUCCCGUCGAUCCGGCACGCGGCGACGUGCGUGAGCAAGGUGGUAGGUGAGGGCGUGCCCAUCGCAGCGGUGGAGAUACUCGACGACAACCAGAUGCGCAACAUCAACGCGGCGGGCAUAACGUCGCGGACGUGGGCCGAGGCGCCGACACUCUUCUUCAAGUUUGCGGGCACGACGGCGGGCGUCAAGGAGCAGGUGGCGCAGGUGCAGGCGCUGGCACGGGCCGCGGGCAGCACCACCUUUGAGUUUGCGCGCAGCCGGGAGGAGCAGGACGAGCUGUGGAGCGCGCGCAAGGAGGCGCUUUGGAGCACAAUGGCUGCCGGCCGCGACGGCGACCGCGUCUGGACGGGCGACGUGGCGGUGCCAACGAGCAGGCUUCCGGCGCUCAUCGAGGAGACCAAGGAGGACAUGGCGCGGAGCGGGCUAAGCGCGUCCAUAGUCGGGCACGUCGGCGACGGCAACUUUCACACCAUCCUCUUGUAUAGCGACGCGCAGAGGCAAAAGGCCGAGAAGGUUGUACACCGAAUGGUCAAGCGAGCCAUUGAGAUGGAGGGUACGGUCACGGGCGAGCACGGUGUCGGCCUCGUCAAGAGGGACUAUCUGCCGCAUGAGCUGGGCGAGACAACGGUCGAUGCGAUGCGCCAGAUCAAAAAGGCGUUUGACCCGCUGUGCCUGCUCAACUGCGACAAGGUGGUGCGAAUGCAGAAGCCGAAGCGCGGCGAGGUGGAGGAGUGGUAGUCGAGACUCGAGAGCGUCAUAUCAAGGCUGAGGCAGUGUUGUAUGUAUAUCUAUCAAGGUGGCAGAUGUAUUGGGCGCAUACGACGCCGCUUGUACAUGUGUCAAUACACACGGAAUUUUCCGAC